CUCACUCUGUAACACCACUCACCUCGGAAACUAUCAACCCCUUCUUCCGUCUCUUCAAUUUUCUCUCUUGUUUUCUCGGAAAGUUCGAAGAGAAAAGAAAAUGAUGAAGCCCUCCACGCUGAGGUCCCUUCACUCAGCCCUAUCUCGUGGCUCCUCUAUCCUCGGCGGCCGCCGCGGCUACGGCACUGGGUCAGUCCCAGACCGGAAGGUCGCCGUCCUCGGCGCCGCUGGCGGGAUUGGCCAGCCCCUCUCUCUGCUGAUGAAGCUCAAUCCCCUCGUUUCAAGCCUCUCUCUCUACGAUAUAGGCGGCACCCCCGGCGUCGCCGCCGAUGUCAGCCACAUCAACACCCGAUCUCAGGUUGUUGGAUACCAAGGUGAAGAAGAGCUUGGAAAGGCUUUGGAGGGUUCAGAUGUUGUUAUCAUCCCCGCCGGUGUGCCUAGAAAGCCUGGAAUGACACGUGAUGAUCUUUUCAAUAUCAAUGCCGGCAUUGUCAAAUCGCUAUGCAUUGCUAUCUCCAAGUACUGCCCCAAUGCCCUUAUUAACAUGAUAAGCAACCCUGUAAAUUCCACCGUUCCCAUUGCUGCUGAGGUUUUCAAGAAGGCAGGGACAUAUGAUGAAAAGAGGCUGUUUGGUGUUACGACCCUCGAUGUUGUUAGGGCAAAGACUUUCUAUGCUGGGAAGGGCAAAGUCCCAGUUGCUGAAGUCAAUGUUCCUGUUGUAGGUGGCCAUGCAGGCAUUACUAUUCUGCCACUAUUUUCUCAGGCAACUCCUAAAGCCAACUUGAGCGAUGAUGAAAUUAGUGCUCUUACAAAGAGAACUCAAGAAGGAGGAACAGAAGUUGUUGAAGCUAAGGCUGGAAAGGGUUCUGCAACUUUAUCAAUGGCUUAUGCUGGAGCCAUUUUCGCUGAUGCUUGCCUCAAGGGCCUUAAUGGUGUCCCAGAUGUAGUGGAGUGCUCAUUUGUUCAGUCCAAUAUUACCGAACUUCCUUUCUUUGCUUCCAAGGUGAGGCUGGGGAAGAAUGGUGUGGAGGAAGUUCUGGGCUUGGGUCCUCUUUCAGAUUAUGAGAAACAAGGCCUUGAAAGCCUUAAGCCUGAACUCAAAGCAUCUAUUGAAAAGGGAGUCAAAUUUGCCAAUCAGUAGUUAAACUUGUCAUAUAAAUGUCUGGCGGGUUGUUUAAUAAUCCACAAAAAAUAAAUCUUAUUUUGCUAUUUCAGAAUCAUUGUUUAGAGUAGGUAUAGAUCAUGAUAUAAUAAUGAAAUGUAAAAGCAGUUUAUUACUGAAGGUGUUGAUACUAGAAAUUAAUUUAAAUUGGCCAUUCAUUAUGGUCCUUGUU